AUGGGUGACAAGCUCGAAUCCAACGUCGCCCCCCUCGGCGCGGAGGAGUACAUCGAGCAGGCGCACUUCUUCGGCAUGCUCGCCGAGCGGCUGGCGGAGAACGCCCCGGCGCAGGAGGUGCUUCAAUCGGUCCGCGAGGAGGUGCUCGCGACGACGAAGCUGCCCUUGGCGAUCGACUUCUUGCUCUCCGAGCUCCGCCACGCAGGGGUGAUGGGCACGGCGAUGGCUCAGCUCGGCCAUUACUUCACGCCGCUGCAGGCGUACAUCAUGGCGGAGGGAGAGAACGAACGCGGGCGAUUCGACAUGCGGAUCGGCCUGGAGGUCCUCUCCCAAGAAGCGGCGUACCGGGGUGGCGUGGCAGAAGGCGGCCGGCGUGAACCGACCCUCCAGGGGCUCUUCUUCUAUCAGUUCGAAGUCCUCUGCCGGAACCGACUCGGCUACGACCGCGGCCUCGAGGCGGUCGCCGGCGACCCGGCCUACCCCGACGCGUGGAGGCAGUGGAUCCUCGCCAGUCGCCACCAGGUGGGGAUCGUCGACAUCGCCGACCUGAUCUACGUCCACAGCGAGCACGCCCGCAAACGCGGCGGCAGCGGCGAGGGGAUCGUCCUGUUCGGCGACCGCGAGGGCCGGAUCGCCCUGGCGAACCGGACCAAGGACCCGGCCUACCUGUUCAACUCGCUGCACCGUCAACUCGGAUACCCGGAGCCGCCGCGGCCUAGGCCGAUCGACCCGGAAGAGUCGGCCAUCCCACAGAUGGCGCGGCGGCUGGAGCAACUGGAGAAGCGGAUCCAGUUGCUCGAAGAGGAACAGCGCGGCGGUUUCGACCUGUCGAAGUUCUACGAGAAGCCGGGCGACGGCCGCGCCUCAACCUCUGAGCGAGACACGAGUGGCUUUCUGCCAAGCGGCGCCUACGCUACCCCUGACGCAUGCCGUCCCUGCCGGGCGGCGACCAACCGACCUCACGCUCGCCGGGCGAAGCCCCCGCCGGCGUGGAUGCCCCCCAGGCGACGCCUCCCCGCCGCACCAGCCGUGGACUUUCAGCUCAGUCUGCAGGCCGAGACCAUUCGUUCGGUCUAUCCCGAGACGCCCGUGGCCGUCGAGCCGACCGUCCCCGUCUCGGAAGUCGUGCGCCUGAUGCAGGCGCAGAAGACCGGCGCGGUGCUGGUGGUCGAGAACGAUCGCCUGGUCGGUGUCUUCACCGAACGCGACGUGCUGAAGUUGCUGGCUGAGAAGGCCGACCUGGACGGCCCCGUCAGCGCCGUCAUGUCGGACGACCCGACAACGGUCACCGACAGCGACACGGUCGGCGAAGCGAUCAAGCGGAUGAGCGAGGGCGGCUACCGCCACCUGCCGGUCGUCUCCGCCAGCGACACGCAGGCGCCGGCCGGCAUGGUCGACGUGGCGCCUGACACCGCAGGCCCCAUCGCCACGCGAGCCGACGCGACCGACGAAGACCCCAUGUCGACCGUUGCCGAGAAACCGAUCGAAGAACUGACCGAAGCCACCGUCCGCUUCUGCGGCGACUCGGGCGACGGCAUGCAGCUGGCAGGGACCCAGUUCACCACGACGUCCGCCCUGGCGGGCAACGACGUGGCGACGUUCCCCGACUUCCCCGCCGAAAUCCGCGCCCCGCGCGGCACGAAGGCGGGCGUCUCCGGCUUCCAGGUCCACUUCUCCAGCCAAGAGAUUUACACGCCGGGCGACACGGUCGACGCCCUCGUGGCGAUGAACCCGGCGGCUUUGGUCACGAACCUGGGCGACCUCCGCGACGGCGGCAUCCUGGUCGUCAACGAGAGCGCCUUCGACAAGAAGGGCCUCGAGCUGGCCGGCUACGAGGGGAACCCGAUCGAGGACGUCGCCCUCUCGCAGUUGGAGGAGAAGUACAAGGUCUAUAAGGUCGACAUGACCAAGCUGGUACGCGACGCCGUCAAGGAGUUCGGACUAAGCACGAAGGAAGCGGAUCGCUGCCGCAACUUCUUCGCGAUGGGCCUCGUCUUCUGGAUCUACGGCCGUUCGCCCGAGCCAACGCUGCGGUUCAUCGAGACGAAGUUCGCCAAGCGGCCCGACGUCGUAAACGCCAACACCGCGGCGCUGAAGGCAGGGUACGCCUACGGCGAAACCGUCGAGGCGUUCGACACCCAGUUCCAUGUUCCCAAGGCGGAACUCGAGCCGGGCACCUAUCGCAGCAUCAUGGGCAACACGGCCCUGUCAUGGGGCUUGGUCGCGGCGGCGAAGGUAUCGAACAAACGUCUGUUCCUCGGCGCCUACCCGAUCACGCCCGCCAGCGACAUCUUGCACGAGCUCUGCAAGCACAAGCACUUCGACGUGCUGACGUUCCAGGCCGAGGACGAGAUCGCGGCGAUGACGUCGACCAUCGGCGCGUCGUUCGCCGGAGCGAUGGCGGUCACGGCCAGCAGCGGCCCCGGCAUCGCCCUGAAGGGCGAGGCAUUGGGGCUGGCGGUCAUGAUGGAGCUGCCGAUGAUCGUCAUCAGCGUGCAGCGUGGCGGCCCAUCGACCGGCCUGCCGACCAAGACCGAGCAGUCCGACCUGUUCCAAGCCGUCUUCGGCCGCAACGGCGAGUGCCCCAUGCCGGUCAUCUCCGCCAGCAGCCCGGGCGAUUGCUUCGACGUCGCCCAAGAAGCCUGGCGGCUCGCGACGCGCUACAUGACGCCGGUCUUCUUGAUGACCGACGGGUACAUCGCCAACGGCUCGGAGCCUUGGAAGAUCCCGAAGGCGGCGGACCUGGCGAAGAUCGAGAUCGAGCACCCGACGUCGCCCGACAACGGCGACGCGUUCUACCCCUACCAACGCAACGAGCGGCUCGCCCGCCCGUGGGCGUUGCCCGGCACCGCGGGGCUCGAGCACCGACUCGGCGGCCUCGAGAAGCAAGACACCACCGGCAACGUCAGCUACGACCCGGACAACCACCAACACAUGGUGGACACCCGGGCCACGAAGGUCGCGAACAUCGCCGACGACAUCCCCGAGCAAGCGGUCGACGGCCCCGAGUCGGGCGACCUCUUGGUCGUGAGUUGGGGCGGCACGUACGGCUCAUGCCUGUCCGCGACGCGGCUCGCGCGCAAGCAAGGCAAGAGCGUCGCUCACGCUCACUUGCGGUACAUCAACCCGAUGCCGAAGAACCUCGGCGCGUUGCUCGGGAGCUACAAGAAGGUGCUGGUGCCCGAGUUGAACACCGGCCAGCUUCGGAUGUUGCUGCGAGACAAGUACCUCAUUGACGCCAUCGGCUUCAACAAGGUGCAAGGCAAGCCGUUCAGCGUCGGCGAACUGGUGACCAAGAUCAGCGAGCUAGCGUGGCGUCCACCGCCCAUCACCGCCAUGUCCGUCGACCUCUCUCUGCCCGUUCUCAAGCCGACCGACUUCGCCAGCGACCAAGACGUCCGCUGGUGCCCCGGGUGUGGCGACUACUCGAUCCUCGCGCAGAUGAAGAAGGUGAUGCCGACCCUCGGCAUCCCCCGCGAGCAGAUCGUGUUCAUCUCGGGCAUCGGCUGUUCCAGCCGCUUCCCGUACUACAUGAACACGUACGGGCUGCACACGAUCCACGGCCGCGCGCCGGCGGUCGCCACCGGGCUGAAGACCGUGCGCCCCGACCUCCACGUUUGGGUCAUCACGGGCGACGGCGACGGGCUGUCGAUCGGCGGCAACCACCUGAUGCACUGCAUCCGGCGGAACAUGGACCUCAACAUCGUCCUGUUCAACAACCGGAUCUACGGCCUGACCAAGGGCCAGUACUCGCCCACGUCGCCGCUGGGCCAGCGGACCAAGAGCACCCCGAUGGGGGCCAUCGACAACCCGCUGCACCCGCUGUCGAUCGCGAUCGGCGCCGAGGCGACGUUCGUCGCCCGCAGCAUCGACACGAACAUCAAGCACCUCGGCGAGACGCUGAAGCGCGCCGCCGAGCACACCGGCACGGCGUUCAUCGAGGUCUACCAAAACUGCAACGUCUUCAACGACGGCGCCUGGGACUACGCCAAGGACCGCGACACCAAGGAAGACACGACGCUCACCCUCGAGCACGGCAAGCCGCUCAUCUUCGGCAAGGAACGUGACAAGGGCAUCCGCCUCAACGGGCUGGAGCCCGAGGUCGUGCAACUCGGCAAGGGCAUCACCGAGGACGACCUUUUGUUCCACGACGAGAAGUGCCCCGAGCCGAGCCUCGCUUACCUGCUCAGCCGGAUGCGCUACGAGGACGGCUUCCCCGAGCCGAUCGGCGUGUUCCGCGCCGUCGACGCCCCGCGUUACGACGAGUUGGUGAACGACCAGAUCGAAGUCGCGACCAAAGAGAAGGGCGCCGGCGACCUCGACGCGCUGUUCAACUCGGGCGAGACCUGGACCGUGGCGUGA